AUGCCUACCACUGACCUUACUAACUUUCAAGCAGGCACUACAAGUGGUCCUGUUCCUGUGACAGUGGAAGUGGAAGUUCAAUCCGAAUCUGCAUCAUCAACGGAAGCAUCAACUGAAGCAGAAGCUGCUAUUUCGGUGGUUGUUGGUGGGGCAUCUAACUCAAUAACGAUUGAAAAGGCAAGUCGUGCGUACUAG